CGAGUCUGCGUGCGGCUAGGCUGAUGUCAUGGCCAGCCACAGUGAUUCCAGUGCCAACAACGAGUGCCUGAGAAGCGGACAGGCACUUGCAGAUGCUCUCGUGGCUCUGGUACAGCCUGGAGUGGAGGCCGAUGAAAAUCAGGCACUGGCCCGUUCCGAUUCAGGGCACACGGAGCCGAUUUUUAAGAAAUGCAACCCGACGAAAACACAGACGGAUUUCACUCGACGCAAAAGUCACAUUGAAAUGUUUGCGGCAGUCCCAAUGUUCAAUGAUGAUCAAGGCGAAUCGUCGCGGCUUGACGAGUGUGACUCCACCACGGUGCCCACUCCCUCGAGAUACAUGUCCGUCGACGACAUCCGCGAAGAAGAUGAGGACGAAGGUGACGAGGUGUCAAGUGAUGAGAAUGACAGCAAAAAUGACACCGGCACCGACACGGACAUGAAGCAGAGUAGUGUGCGCAACCAAGGUACCGGACGAAUGCUCAGCCACGCACACAGUACUGACUCCACUGAGAGUUGCGUGAGUGAAACUGGCAGCGACGGGGAGGGUGCCUCGCGCUCGCUAUUGACGAUGCAAAGGGCCAGGCUGAAUUGUUCUAUAAAUAGCACAGCCAUUGAUAAGAUCGACGCAGUCCCCGGUGACCAAGUUAAAGACGACCAAUCAGGUGCGACUUAUACAAACGUUGGCUCAGAGAGUGAGCUCAAUAUGUCCUCUACACAGAGACGAUUGCGAAGUCCAUCGAACCCCCGACCCAUCUCACCAACCGACUUUACCUCACGCUUCUACACCCCUCCCCAUCCUGGAAAUUCCACGGCGCUUAACCCGGGUUCGCAUGCAUACACAAAGCCUCCUCAUCCACAUUCUCGUGGAGCGCGCAGUGUCAGUGUAAAUAGUAGUAGUGGGGCCUUUCGUGUACAUAAUAGUCUCAAUAAGGGCUGGGCGGGUAAACUCAUGUACAGGAGUGGACGUAAGCGGGGGGUGAGUGUUGGUAGUGCUUGUGGUGAUGGUGCAACAACACUAUACCCGGUGGCUUCUACUGUUAACAGUCGAAGAUCCAGCCUGAGCAACUCGCCUGGACAAUCACCUAAGUCGCGCAGUAGAGGUCACAGCAUAAGCGGUGGUGUUGGAUUGUUGCUUCAGCACUUGGGCGCAGCGAUGAAAGGGGCGGAUGGCAAACGAAUCCCAACAAAGGGCAAAAUAACAGGACAUACUUCUGAUGAUAGUGAUGGUAUCAAAGCCUUGUCUGCGAAAUCAAGCGGUGGCUCGUUAUCAAGUACGUCAGCAAUGUCAGCCGGCAGUAGUACGGGAACGGACGCAAGCGACGACACAGAAAAAAUGAAGCUCAGACCCAUGCCAUCGGACACUACGAAGAAAACACUGUCACAUACAUUCGCCAGUAUUCGCAGAGCGGGAAUGAGAAACUCCAGCAGCAGCGCAACCUCGUCGAUGGCAACUUCUGGUCCGGGCUCGCUCCAAAAUGUGAAGUGUAUCGCCUCGGAUAGUCUCACAAUCAACUCUGAUACUGCACGACUUGGUGCUUCGUUUGAUAGCCUUGAUGCGAUUUGUGACAGCAGUGAUUCCGUGUGCAUGACACCCAAUUUGGGCUACUGGGAGGAAAUUCGUGCAAGCAAUGAGCCCAGGGUAUGGUUUGAUAUUUCCGAGGAGGAGGAUGAGGGUGAAGAUGGGAUCCUAUCUGCUGCCUCUGUCAACAGAUUAGUCGAACAUUACAUACGCCACUUUGGAUCGUGCUCUACCUUCCAAGUGGCCAGCUACAAUUUUCCCAAAAUAAUGCUGCGGUCUCACCUGUGGUUUCUGACAUCACCCGGUUUGUUGAGAAAGCUUACCGAGAUUUAUGAUGUGCCAAAAGACUAUCCGGAAGAGAAGAGAGUGAGAAACGCUAUCUGUCAAGGACUAAGAUUUUGGAUGCAGCAACAAAUACUGGACUUCACGGUACCAAAUUUCUUCAAGAACAAAGAACUGGUCUCUGUGGAGCCUGAAAUGCAAACCGAACUCGACAACUUGUAUAAGGCGAUGGAGAAUCACGGCGAAGAUACUGGCACGCUACGAAGAACUCUGGAGAAGCAAUUGCAACAACAAUUCGACAAGAAGCAAGCUCUAUUGUCACAACCCACACCCGAGGAGGCCGAUUACAAACCCGAAUUCGGCGCCUUGCCACUGGACCUGGUUGCCGAGCAACUGACACUAAUAGAGUUCGACUACUUCCACGCGAUUCAAAUGCGCGAUUUAAAGGCCAAAUUGUGGACCGAUGAGCUGGAACAAUGCCCCAUUAUGAAGAUGAUCAUUCACUUCAACCAGGUUUCGACUUGGGUUAUUCACACAAUUCUAUCAGCAGAUACAAUUGAGAAUGGCGCCCGAACGAUCGACAAAUUUCGAACGCUGGCUGCUUCUCUCAGAACCCAGAGCAAUUACAACACCAUGAUGGCGAUCGACGGUGCACUGCAACAUACUGCCGUAGAGCGUCUGCACAAAACAUUCCACGAACUGAGCGACAGGAAAACGAAAGCUCUACAGGAACUGAAGGACUUCACAACGCCCAUGUUGAACUACAAGAGAUAUAGAGAGGUCCAGAGACAGCAAAUCGGAUUUUGUAUACCAUACAUGUAA